CCGGCCAAUAAACUCAACUCCCCUCUUGUUCUCCUUUGUCUCCACGAUCUUUCACAUAAUAUUUUAUCCUCGUAAUGUCUCAUUCGGGUGACCUUGACGCAGACUUUCGCGCGGACCAACAACGUUAGUGCAGACCGGGGAGGAGUGGGUUUUGGAGUCGGGAGAUUGGGGUUUUUGACGACGAAGUGGGCGUGCUCGAAAUAAUAGGACGCCAAUGGUGAGCGUGGGGAUCUCCGCGAGCUGAGCAUGAUGCAGCGGAGAGAGUUUGGGAUCUCAAGAUUGGAGUUUUCAAUGACGAAGUGGACGCCCGCGUUGCUGGCCUGGCUGUGCGUUUGCUUUAGGUGCAGCUUAAGAGAUAGACAACGCGUCUGCGUACUCCGACGAAGGCGAUUUAGAGGUCGUCAUUGUCUUUUGGGGGGCCCACCGCCUUUCCAAAUACCACACGCUCAUGGACGUCGCAGCCACACUCAGCAGCCACACUCAAAAGAGCCACCAAACCGCAACAGCUUCUCCAGCUUCGGUGCUUAUACUCCCCGUUUCCUUGGAGCCUCGAUCGCCUUCUCGUUGAGAUCGGGCCCCAGCACCCAUUUGUUGCGCUCAAAACUAAGCUGGUUUAUUGACUGCGAGUCACCGCUAUUACAUCACUCUCUUUAAGUCUAUCCUUCCCGUCAUCCCCACUCCCUCCGUCUGCCGCCCUCUCCCGCCGCCUUUCUCCCACAGUCCCUCGCCGUAUCUCUCUCUCUCUCUCUUAUCUUACGAUCCGACCAAUCCCUCUCUAUCCACUCAU